GUGCCGGGCCCGAUCCCCGAGGGCACCGUCGGCAGGCUGGAAGAUCACCCGCUCGAGUUCGGCCUCCGCGUCCUCGGCUGCAGCUUCGACGGCGGCCGCUUUGUCGUGCCCCAGCGGCCUCCGGCGGAGGAGCAGGCCUGCGGCGAGCAUGGCGCACCCGCCGGCGAGGCCGCCGCCGCGGGCCAGCAGGACUCCUGGGCUCCGAUAGUCGCGGGAGUCAGCCAGGCUGUGUUGGAGGAAAUGACGGCGAGGAUGCACGCCAUGUUCUCGGAGUGCACCACCGCGCAGCAGACCAAGCACGACACCAUGCAGAAGCAUAUCGACACCAACCACGCCAACACGACCAGCCAGCUGCAGAGCCUGAGCAACCGGGAGGACACGACGGCGAAGCAGCUGCAGGAGCUGACGACGCAGUCCGGCGUCGUCGCCCUCAUCAAACAUGUAGUUUUUGAGCACGACUUCGACGACCGGGUCUCCAACAUGUCCUGCACAACCGACCCCACCAACUUCGGCAUCAUGGACGUCAAGGCGAUCGCCCGAAUAGUAAUUGUCCAGAAACUCAUCCAGGGAGCUCAGCCCGCAGCACCAGGCGCCGCACGUCCACUCAAGUUGGGCGGCAACCUGACAAAGGAGGAGUGCCGCGUCGUGAAACACCUAGGCUUCAUGAAAUACCACCUCCGCCAUGACUUGCACAUCCCACUCGAGCAGAUCCACAUUAACCGCACGAGCAAGACGGGCAAGCACAACGUGGGCGACAAGCCCCCGUCACUCCACUUGACGGUUAUGCACGAGAACGCAAGAUCAUUCGAGUCCGACCGCCAUGUGGGCGAGCUUAUCAACGAUUUCGAGCGCCAGCGCUGUGGUUGUGCCGUGAUCAACAAGACAUGGCGCGCAUGCUAG